AUGAAGCUUGACAAAUAUCACUUACCGACCACAGGGCCAGGGGUGACGCUGCACCGCGCGACAGCGCAGACGAUUAGCGGCAAGAACGCAUUCUUCAUUUCAUGCACUCAGCAAUGUCCAUCACAGUUAGGAAAAGCGGGCAAAGAGGGCAGCGACGGGCCGAUUAGGCUGACAGAUGCAGCUGAAGAGCGCUUGGGCUUUCGGUGGUUGACACUCAAGCCGACUACUGGCAAUAAUCAAUAG